AAAAAUGAGCCUCUAUGAGGAGAAAAAGGAAUGUAUACAGUACCACAAAACACAAUGUUCAGAGCUCAGCUGUGUGUCUAUGAAGAGUAAAGAUUCCAUUUUUCAGCCUCCUAAUCUUAAUAAUGGAGCGAUAUUCUCUGACCCCAUAGAGGAGAAAGAUUAUUCCAGCAACUCUGUGAAAUCCCAUCUGACAUGCACUGCUUUAAUGGAGACCUUCUUCAGACAACAGAGACUCAAACAUACUCACAAAUCCAUCUUAAAGAACAAAUAUGAGAGCUUAUUUGAGGGAAUCAAACUACAGAAGAACAAAACCCUCCUGAACAGAAUUUACACACAGCUGUACAUCAUAAAGAUGGAGAGAACACCCAUAACACAACAAUUACAAGACACAAGAAUCAACUGCAACGACAUCUUUAAACCUUUACCUGAACCAAAAGAUAAAACUGAGAAGAGAAAAAAGAAGACUAAUAUAAAGAGCGUUCUUACUAAAGGCAUCGCUGGGAUUGGAAAAACCGUCUCUGUGCAGAAGUUCAUUCUGGAUUGGGCUGAAGGAAAAAACAAUCAAGAUAUAGACUUCAUGUUUGUGCUUCCAUUUCGAGAGCUGAACUUGAUUCAAGAUGAUCAGUACAGUCUUCACAAACUUCUGCUUGACUUUCAUCCUGAACUUCAAGAUCUGGACUCAAGGGUUUAUGAUGAGUGUAAAGUUGUGUUCAUCUUUGAUGGUCUGGAUGAAAGCAGAAUAACACUGAUGUUUUCAGACGGUGAGAUAGUUUCUGAUGUGAAUCAGGCUUCAUCAGUUGGUGUGUUGAUGUCAAACCUGAUCAAAGGAGAUCUGCUUCCCUCUGCUCACAUCUGGAUCACCUCCAGACCAGCAGCAGCUAAUCAGAUCCCAUCUAAAUACAUCAACCGUGUGACAGAAAUCCAGGGAUUCAAUGAUCCUCAGAAGGAGGAAUAUUUCAGGAAGAAAAUCAGCGAUGAACAUCAAGCCAGCAGAAUCAUCUCACACAUUAAAAAAACAAGAAGUCUCCACAUCAUGUGUCACAUACCAGUCUUCUGCUGGAUCUCAUCUACUGUGCUUCAAAACAUCCUUAAACAAGAUCACAGAACAGAAAUCCCCAAAACUCUGACUGAAAUGUACAUCCACUUCCUGCUGAUUCAGAUGAAUAUGAAGAAUGAGAAGUAUGAUGAGAGAGAUCCACAGAAACUCUUGCAGUUUAACAGAGAAAUGAUUGUCAAACUGUCUGAACUGGCUUUCAAACAGCUGAUGAAGGGUAAUGUGAUGUUUUAUGAGGAGGAGCUGAGAGAUUGUGGGAUAGACAUCACUGAAAUCUCAGUGUAUUCUGGAAUCUGUACUGAGAUCUUUAAGGAGGAAUCUGUGAUUCAUCAGAGGAAAAUUUACUGCUUCAUACAUCUCAGCUUUCAGGAGUUUCUUGCUGCUUUCUAUGUGUUUUAUUCCCAUUUAACCAAGAACACAAAAUCACUGCACUUGUUUCUUGGAUAUAAAUUUGUGAGAUAUAAGUCUGAGGACAGCUCUCUGUUUGAGUUACUAACAUCAGCAGUUCAUAAAAGCCUUGCAAGUAGAAGUGGACAUCUGGAUCUUUUCCUGCGAUUCCUGCUGGGCAUCUCACUGGAAUCCAAUCAGAGACUCUUACAGUGUUUACUGACACACACAGAGGAGAGUUCAGAGAGCAUCAAGAAAACCACAAAUUACAUUAUAGAUAAAAUCAAAGAUGGACAAGUUGUCUUAGUGAAAAGAUCCAUCAAUAUGCUUCUCUGUCUGCUUGAAAUGAAGGUUCAGUCUCUGCACAGACAGAUUCAAGAGUUUUUGCCAUCACAGACACUCUCUGCUGCUCACUGUUCAGCAAUAGCCUACAUGAUUCAGAUGUCUGAGGAAGUGCUGGAUGAGCUGGACCUCAAGAAAUACAACACAACACAGGAGGGAAUAAGAAGACUUGUACCAGCUGUGAUUAACUGCAGAAAAGCUCUAUUUGCAAGCUGUAGUCUCACUGAUGAAUGCUGUGAAAGUUUGGCUGCAGCUCUAGAGUCAUUCAACUCCCCCCUGAGAGAGCUGAACCUGAGUUAUAAUAACCUUAAGGAUUCCAGAGUCCACAAUCGACCCUAUCAGAUGGGAAUUCUGAGACUGAAGCUGCUCUUUGAUGGACUGAACAAUCCAAACUGUAAACUGGAGAUUCUGAGAUUGUCCAGCUGUAAUCUCACUUAUCAUUCCUGUGAAGGCUUGGCUUCAGCCCUAAAAUCCUCAAACUCUUCUCUGAAAGAACUGGACUUGAGUAACAAUGACCUGUGGGAUUCAGGAGUGAAGCUCAUCUCUGAAGGACUGACGAGCCCAAAAUGUCAACUGGAGAUACUGAGGUUAUCUGGCUGUAUGGUAACAGAGGAAGGUUGUAGUGCUCUUGCUUUAGCUUUAAGAUCAAAUCCAUCACACAUGAGAGAGUUGGAUCUUAGCUACAAUCACCCAGGAGAUUCAGGAAUAAAGCUGCUCUCUGAUCUGUUGGAGGAUUCACACUGUAAGCUGGAGAUACUCAAUGUGGCUCAUGCUGGAGAAAUCAUGAUCACAGCAGGACCACGCAAGUAUGCCUGUGAUCUAACACUAGAUCCAAACACAGUAAAUCCUCAUCUUCGUCUGUCUGAGGAGAACAGGAAGGUGACACGUUUGGAAAAGGAGCAAGAGUCAUAUCCCGAUCAUCCAGAGAGAUUUGAUUAUUGGCCUCAGGUUAUGUGUAAAGAGAUUCUGACUGAACGCUGUUAUUGGGAGGUUGAAUGGAGCGGCUGGAGAGGUGCUGUUAUAUCAGUGAUGGAUAAAGAAAUCAGCCGGAGAGGAGCAGAUGAUGGAUGUAGAUUUGGGUUCAAUGAAAAGUCCUGGAGUCUUGACUGCUCAGAUUACAGAUUCACUGUUUGGCACAACAAAAACAGCACUGAUGUCGACUCUCCUUUAACCGCUUCUAAAAGAGUGGGAGUUUAUCUGGACUGUCCGGCCGGCACUUUGUCUUUCUACAGCGUCUCGAAGAAGCUCACACACUUACACACAUUUAACUUCACAUUCACAAAACCUCUGUGUGCUGGAUUCAGGAUUUAUACUGACUCCUCUGUGUCUCUGUGCUGUACUAAACAGCCUUCAAACAAGACACACAAAGGUCCAGUUUUAUAAGUUUUGGAAUUUGGUUAAAAAAGCAAGAUGAUGAUUCUGCACUGAAUGCAUCAAUUCUUAUUUUUUUCCAGGAAAAAACAUGUUUGGAGUAUUUAAAAGACAAAACAAAACAAAAUGCUUACACACACACACGCACGCGCGCAAACACACGCACACACACACACACACACACACACCUUGCACAAAAAUAUUUAUUUAUUCUUUUUCUUAUUUUUUUUCAUUUCCACCCAGACUGGACUACCCCCUAUGAACUUUGUUGUUCCU